UUGGAAUUCCUCCAUCAACAUGGCGAAUGCCACGCUGGAUCCGGAACAAUUCUACCUCGUCCGAGGCACCAACAACAUCGAGGGUGAUGAGGUGGACUACCGCAACCUGAUGACGCACUACAAACUGGAGCCUCACCUGGCCAAAAUGGCGGAGACAACGCUGCCCACGACUUAUCACCAUCUUCUGCGCGGCGUGGGCGAGGCGCGCGACUCGCUGACACCCGGAGAGCCCAAAGGUGAUCUCCUAUCUUUACUGGAAGGUGUUCCCUUUGACCGCCCCAUCGAACCGCUCCCCGAGAGCGUAGUUAAGAGCGCUUUCCAGCUCCCAGCAGGCAGCAAGAGCGGCCCUGUGAUGCGUCCUCUUAGCAAUCGCAAGGCCCCGGGACUCAUUCAUGCGCCUCCUCCUACGGGAGCUGAAAGAGCUGCUCAGGCUGAGAAGCAAAAGGGCAAAGCUAAGGACGACAAGGAUCGUAAGGAGAAGAAGGAGAAGAAGAAGAAGAAACGAGAAAGAGAAGACGCCACGAUGCUGCAGAAGCUGCUGGCUCCUCUGGUCGCAGAGCUACGGGGACUCACGUGGGCCGGGUGGGUCGUCAGUGGGAAACCAGGCAACCCGUUCUUACAGAAGUUCACGAAGGAGAACUGCAAGCGUCUCGGAGUACCCAACUACUUUGAUUACGUCAAGAACCCAAUGGACUUGACUCGUAUGAAGGAGAAGGUGGAACAUGCAGAGUACACGAAGAUCGACCAGUUCUCGGCGGAUAUUAAGCUUAUGGCUGCGAAUGCCAAGACCUUCAACCGCGUGGGUGAACCUGUGCACCAAAUGGCGAUCGAGAUCGAGCAGCUCUACGAGUCGAAGCUUCCAGUGUACAAAAAGAUGUUCGACGACUUACAACAGGAACGCAAGAAGCGCAAGAAGGAGAAGAAGAAGCGGAAAGAGAAGAAGAAAGAAAAGUAACUAGGUCGGACACAGACUCCCACUGCAAGUGUGGCAAAUACAUUCUUUUUAACCGUACCAACAGCGCGGAUAAGUCUCAUUUUUCACAACUGGUAAAAGAUUUUCCAUUGUUCCUGC